GUAACAAGACAUUAACCACUAUCUUUGUAGCAAGCUGUAAACAGGAACGCAAGUAACCGAGGAACGCCGUUUUAAGCAGGCUGUUUUAGCCGUUUAUCAAGAGUAACACCGCUCACUGUUCAAGAAAAAUGGAAGACGACACACUAACGACGCUGAAAAUACUGAUAAUAGGGGAAAGUGGUGUUGGGAAGUCAAGCCUUCUUUUGAGAUUCACAGAUGACACAUUUGACCCAGAGCAAACGGCAACAAUAGGUGUUGACUUCAAAGUGAAGACCAUUUCUGUGGACGGAAACAAGGCAAAGCUGGCGAUAUGGGACACGGCGGGACAGGAGCGCUUCCGAACCCUGACGCCCAGUUACUACCGCGGAGCCCAGGGAGUCAUCCUGGUGUAUGAUGUCACACGACGGGAAACCUUCACCAAGCUGGACAACUGGCUCAAUGAGCUGGAGACGUACUGCACGAGGAACGACCUCGUGAAGAUGCUUGUUGGAAAUAAGAUCGAUAAGGAAAACCACGAUCUAGACCGGGCCGAGGGGCUGAAGUUUGCAAGAAAACAUUCCAUGCUUUUUAUAGAGGCGAGUGCGAAGACCCGUGACGGUGUCCAGUGUGCGUUCGAGGAGCUGGUGGAGAAGAUCAUCCAGACCCCGGGGUUAUGGCAGAGCGAGACCCACGGCCGAGGGGUCCAGCUCUCCGACGAUGACGCAGGGGGGGGAAGCUGUGGCGGCUUCUGCUCCCUGGUCUAGACAACGCAUGCAGAUACACACACACACAGCCAAACCCCCCCCCCCCACUGUGUGCUGUCCUGAGCUGAGCUCCCUCCUCAGACAUGAAGGCAGUGGAGGUCUCCCAUCCACACACACACACACACACACACACACACACACACACACACACACACACACACACACACACACAC